AUGGUUGUCUAUGUGGACGUUGGUGUGGUUGGGCCAUGUGCUGUUGUGGAUCUGGGCACCACGGACAAGACCAGAGAACAAUUUUUGGAUCACCUGGCCACUAUGGAGCAGAAAUUCACUGUCGAGACCUACCACAUAUUACAGAACAAUUGCAACAACUUCUCGCACGACGUUGCAAAUUAUCUCGUCGGAAAAGAUAUCCCCAGCUAUAUCACUGGAUUGCCGAAUGAAGUUAUGAGUGGUCCUUUCGGCGCCAUUCUGCGGCCGUUCAUAGAAAGUAUGCAACAGAACAUACGAGAUGCGGCAGGCCAGCAACGGGUUGAUUUCGGACAUCAGAGUACUUCACAGCCUACUUCUACCUCCGCAAAUAGCACAACAGCAAAUAGCCCGCCAACCAAUAUAGCAAAGUCUCUGACGUCCCCAGUGCUCAACACAUCGUCUAGUAAUCGGGUUAAGAUUGUGAACAAACUGAAUGAAUUUGCCUUGGAAUACAAACUACCGCCUAUUGCAACACCCUCGGCGCCUGUUUUGGACGAUGUUUUGGUGCUGUGUCUCAAGCUGCCCUCCAGUAAGGUGUUCCCAGCGUUAGACCUGCUUCGUCUGAUGAUAGUCGAUGAUGUCAAAAGCUGUGCGCGGGCGUCGGCGCUGCUAAAUGAGUUACUACACGCACAUGUGAUCGGCCAACCUACACACUCGAGAGGGACCUUGCUGAUGGCUUUGCGUUGUGUGCAGAAUUGUUUUGCCUACGAGGAAGGCGUGCAGGAGAUAUUGUCGAAGCAAAUUGGAAAUGGUUCUGCUACUGCCGGUGUAGAUGAUGUUUUAUUAAUGGACCACUUAUUUGAAGUCUUGGAGACGAGUUUCUCCGUUCCUCAUGAAGACGUGCGUACUACAGCUGCUGCUCUCAGCAGCAACCUGGCUGGCACGAAUAUACGGUUCCCUAAGCUCAGUCUUACUGAGGAGCAAUGUAUCCGAUUGACCCACAUACUGUCAGAAGCCCUACAACACUCGGAUAACAUAGCCAACGAGCAAAUAUAUCAUCAGUUAUUGUGUGCGUUAGGAGGGGUUGUGACUGCCGAUCCCGGUGCAAGAGAGUUUGCGGCAGCAUUGGGGGUUGGUAUUGUGGAUACGGGGCUGGUGCCAGAGACUCAACUCCUGGCGGAAGAAGUGCGUGCGCUCAUCUCAUCAGCCUGA